UGGAAUUCAGUUACAAGACAAAAAUGAAAUAAAUAAAUAGGCCUGGAGGUAGGAGUCGGUUGAAUUGACCCAGUAAAAGGUGACAGAAAUGGCAUGAAAACUCACCGUUGACAGUUGGGACUCGAGAUGGUGUGCAGAUAACCAGUAUCUCGAACAAAAUCAAGAGCAAAAUAAAGAAGAAUUCGAAGAUUUGAGAUUGGCUCAAGAAUAUCCGUAAAUGGCGCAGAAACAGCUAAUCGUGGUUGUUGAAGGAACAGCCGCUAUGAGACCCUACUGGUUUACCAUUCUCUCCGGUUACCUCGACAAGAUGAUUCGGAGUUUUGUUGAAAAUGAGUUGACUGGUCAGAAGCCAUCUACUUCCAGUGUUUCAUUCUCUCUGGUCACGUUCAAUGCUCAUGAUCCUUAUAUUGCUUGCAUAGUGCAACGGAGUGGUUGGACUAGGGAAAUUGAUGUAUUCUUUCAGUGGCUUUCAGCUAUACCCUUUUCAGGUGUUGGUUUGGAUGAUGCUGCCAUCUCAGAAGGACUUGCUGAAGCUCUAAUGAUGUUCUCUGCCACACAUGGAAAUCAAACUCAAAAUGUAGAUGGGCUAAGACAGUGCAUUCUUGUUGCUGCAAGUAACCCUUAUCCAUUGCCAACGUCAGUUUAUCAACCAAAACUGCAAAACCUAGACCAAAGCAAUAGCAUUGUGGCACAAACAGAGAGUCAUCUAUCUGAUGCAGAGACAUUAGCAAAAUCAUUUGCUCAGUGUGCAAUUUCUCUUUCAGUCAUAUGUCCGAAACAGCUUCCAAAAAUUAGAGCAAUCUAUAAUGCGGGAAAACGAAAUCCACGAGCUGCAGAUCUGCCUGUAGACACUACUAAGAAUCCCCAUUUUCUUGUUCUAAUCUCCGAGAACUUUAUAGAGGCUUGUGCUGCUUUAAGUCUCUCUGGAGUGACAAAUUUGGCAUCAAAUCAGAGCCCUGUGAAAAUGCAUGUGACUUCUGUUCCUCCCAAUUCUGGGGCGGCUUCUGUUCCUUCCAUUUCUGGGCCAACUUCAACUUCUAUUGCAGCAGGAAUGCAGCCUGUUGGUGUGAAUAACAAUAAUUCAGCAGCAAACAUGCCCCUGAAUGAACAGACGUCAAGUACAGUGAAUUUUGCACAAUCAAAAUACGUUAAAGUCUGGGAGGGUAUCUUAUCUGGGCAGCGACAAAGCCAGCAUGUGUUCAUCACGAGACUGGAGGGGUAUAGGAGCGCAUCGGCUUCUGAGACGCUUGCUGCAAAUUGGCCACCAACCAUGCAAAUAGUUCGGUUGAUAUCCGAGGACCACAUGAAUAACAAGCAGUAUGUUGGAAAGGCUGAUUUUCUAGUUUUUCGUGCAAUGAAUCAGCAUGGGUUUCUAGGGCAGCUGCAAGAAAAGAAGCUUUGUGCAGUUAUACAGUUACCAUUGCAGACAUUGUUGAUCUCAGUUUCUGAUAAGGCUUGUCGUUUGAUUGGAAAGCUUUUCCCCGGUGUAAUGCAGUUGCAGUAGCAAAUGCCGCAGGUACAGCAGCAGCAGCAGACGUCGCCGUAGCUACAGCAGCAGCAGCAGAAUGUCCAGCAACCAAUGGUUGGUACAGGUAUGAAUCAAUCUUAUAUUCAAGGUGGGGGACGAUCACAGCUAUUAUCUCAGGGACAAGUUUCAUCACAAGGGCAAUCGAGCUUGGCUGGAGGAACCCUUAUGAAUUGACAAGUCUGUAUAGUGAGUAUUGAUUGAUUUGUUUCUGCAGAACCUUAUUAGUCUGUUUAAAUAUUUCCAAAAUCUCUGUUCUUGAUUUUCUAUGUACAAUCUUGUGGCAAUUAUACUUAUCAAAAAGAUUGUUUAAUUUAAUCCAGGAGUUUCUAA